GAACGAUUUGCUUAUUUAUUCUGAAGUGAAUCGUACCCAAAUACGACAAAAUUCCUAAUUGAGAAAAAAGCAUCAUUUAGUACCUUGUCAAGCUUUGGUCCGAAUACCAUUUAUUAUUUUGUUUGGCGUUUAUUUACAAUUGUCCGAAUAUUUGUCUGAGAAGCCUUUUCAUUUGCCUAAGUUAAUAAGGCGAAUUCUGUGUACAUAAAAUUUUACGAAGGGCUUAUAACGCUAAUGGACUACUCCAAAUUUAAUAUUACGCCGUAUCUCGCCAAAGUAAAUGGCAUUUCACAAACUUGAAUGUCGAUUCUCAACUUAACCAAUUUCUUCUUGCUAGUAUGUCCGAGCACUACACGCCAACGACGAAGCUUUUAAAGUUCCUUAUACUCACACUCAAUUUGGGGUGGUGUUGAUGGUCGAUGUUGUCGGCUUUAGCGUGUUGACAACUUUAGCCCAAGAAAAGGGCGAUUCAGCUGCUGAGGCCAUUGCAAUGGAGAUCGGAGCAUACAUGGGCGAGUGUAUUCAAAUAAUCGAGUUUUAUGGCGGGGAUGUUGUCAAGUUUUUAGGUGACGCUGUUUUGGUUUGCUUUCAACCUAUAAAUAACCAGGCUGAAGAAACAAUAGAAUCAAGCGAUUCGUCAAAUGAAAUCGAUGAUUCAGAAGCAUCAGUUCGACAGAAGAAUCUCUUGGUCAGAAGGGGUGUCGAAUGUGGAUUACAAUUGUUAGCACGAUUAUCUCAUUACAGAGUAUAUUUAACGGCAGAAGAAAGAUCCAAACAUAGAACGCUUGAUGGUAGCAAAAAAAAACCAACAGAGCAGACGAUAUUCGAUUCGAUAACUCCAGAUAAUGAUGAAGAGAACGAUUCAGAAAAAACAAAAUCAACAACGAGAUUGGAUGCAGUAGAUAAUUUGAUGGCCUCGUUAAAGAAGCAUAAACAUAAGAAGUUAAGUAAAGAAAAGGAUCGAAGGACCAGUAACGCCAGUAAUCUAUCAACGGGUUCAGCGGACAUAGCUAAUUCUGUGGAUCUAGAAUUGCACAUGGCAUUAUCUUGUGGAAAUGUUAUCAAUAUAAUUGUGGGCGAUCUUGAUCCAAGCGAGUUAGCUGCACCAUCCUUUUAUCCUCAAGUUCGUUCAAAUACUCCCAAUGCUGCAGAUACGAAGGCUGUACUGGAUGAGUUUUUUCUUGAAUAUCAUGGUAGACUAGAGUACACUAUUGGUGGUGAAGUCGUCGAUUCUUUAGAUGAUGCUUUGUCUAUAGCGAAAGCAGGUGAAAUGAGUAUAACUCCUGCUGCUUAUGACAUAGUUCAGCAGCAAGCGAUGAAUUUAACUUUUGAAAGGCGGAGAAGGUUUUUUGUUAUAAAGAAUAUAACUGAAGAUUUAUCCAUUCGCAAAACUAGUUACCCUUAUCCGUCCUCACUUCGAAAAGGGAACUGGAAUACGGGUCCAAAUGCAAAUUAUUUGAAGACGUUACCGGGGCUAACAACACAAGCAGCAUCAAUGUCGAUAGAACCAUUAGUUCCUCGAGUUAGGAACACCUAUCACCUAAACUAUCCCGUCAAUUCCAAUCGAUUCUACUUAAAAUACAUAAAUAGAAGUGCUUUAUAUAGAAUGCAGCAUAGUAUAGAUGACAACCUACCUGCCCAGUUUCGCGAGGUUACAAUUAUGUUUGUUAGUUUAGGUAAAGCAGAUGUUCAGAAAAGAGAGGGAUUAGCCAAAGUUCAGAAGGCUGUACUGUUAGCCAUUAAGUCAUUGGUUAAAUAUGAAGGAAUGCUUCAACAAUUUGCAAUCGAUGAUAAAGGUGCCACCUUGCUAUCUGUUUUCGGUCUUCCACCCCUAUCUCAUGAACGUGAAGCUGUAUUUGCUGCUAAGUCUGCUUUAGAAAUACGGGAUCAGUACCGAAAAAUUGGAUUUAGGGGGUUUGCAAUAUCUUUAUCAACAGGAAUGAUCUUUACUGCAGUUUUACCCCAAGGUAGUCCGUAUCGAAGAGAUGCUGGAAUUUCAGGAGAUACAAUUGUGGUAGCUGUAAGAAUGUUGAAAUUUGAUUUCUCUGAACAUAAUGUUGUUUGUGACCCGGCAACAAAGAAACAAAUUGGUGGUCUUUGUGAAUUCGAAGAUUAUGGGGAUAAUUUUGUUAAAGGAAAAGUUAAGCCUGUAAGAAUUUAUGGUAUUUUGAAAUUUGGCCCUCCCGAAAGAGAUAAUCGAAUUUCUCUACUGAGCAAUGAAAAAGGAAGUGACUUCAUAGGGUACAAAUCAGAAAUGGAAAGUGCAACUUUAUUUAUAGAUGAUUGGAGCAGAAACCCAAAUCAUCAUGUCUUAGUCAUUUCAGGUCUAUCAGGUGUGGGUAAAAGUUUCUUUUGUAACAAGUUGCAUAAAACGGUUUUGUCACAUGGUGUAUUAAGCUGCUGGUCAUCAUCUAACGAAGUGGAAAAAGGCAGCAAGUAUUAUCUUUUAAGAAAUCUGAUUCUGGCUUUGUUUGACAUCAUUGACUCUGAUAAUGUGCCUAUGAAGACCUCAGCAAACCACUCUCGAUAUUCAUAUCCAAUUGGAGAUAAUAACUAUCAAAGCCAAAGUUUAACAAGGCACACAGAAGAAGACGCGUCAGAUUCAAUGUGCUCAUCGCACUCGCAAUCGCACUCAUCGGCAAGCUUUUGUGCAAGUAGGGAAUGGUUUAAAAGGCUGGCUUCUUAUACUUCUCCGACACCUUCUUCUCCAGGUUCUGAUUCAACUAAUAUUGAAUUAAGUAAUGAUUUGAUUGGAUUAAUAUCCAGAUGUCUAAAAAAAUCCGGUGAGGAAAGCGAAUACCUUCCGUUAUUUAAGGCCAUUUUUGUCACUCUAGGAGAUAUAGAAGAGAAUAGAUAUACCAGACUAUUAGAUGGAAGAGCAAGAGACAUACUUUUAACGGGAGUUAUAACAAGAAUGGUUUACCAUGCCUCAGUUCAUGUCGGUUUGGUUUUUAGUUGUGACGAUAUACAAUGGGGAGAUUCAUCAUCAAUAAGAAUAUUGGAACAUAUACAUGAUCAUUGUCCGAAGGUUAUGCUUAUGCUCGCAACAAGGCCGAUGAAAGAUUAUAAUGUCACAUUUAUUGAAGAUUUUAAAAAGGAUGGAUCCUACCAAGAAAUUCAGCUAAAAGGUCUGGGAGAAGAUGAGAUUGGCGAAAUUAUUCUGCAAAACUUUGAUAGAGGAGUAGACAGAAUUAGCCCUGAAAUAGUUAAAGUCGUUCAGAGACGUACUGGCGGUAAUCCUCUGUAUGUCAAAAACAUGGCUAUUAUCCUUAAGGAUUUUAAUCAUGUUACGGUCGUUGAGGGUGAACUUGUACCAAGCAGUAGUUACUUUGACCUGGAAGAUUUGUUAGGUAAUUUUGAUUAUAAGCGUAUAAUCAAAAUGCAGUUUGAUAGACUAGAAUCCAAUUUCCAAGAAUUUUUAACUGUUGCAAGUUGUCUAGAUCAACACUUUACUGUGUUUGAGGUAGGAGCUGUUAUAAAGCCGAACAACUUUAUAUUUAAAAAUCAUAGCCCUGAGGUGAUCCAGAGAUACAUCCAAAACUUUGAUGUCUAUCAUUUUUUAAAACAACUUGACAACGGAAAUCCAUUAGAGAACAAUGUUGCAGUAUACACUUUUACGCAUAUAACAAUUCCACAAAGUAUUUACGAUAUGGUUGCAUACGAAACUCGGAUAUCACUUCACCGGUCUUUGGCAAAAUAUUAUGAAAGCCAACUUAAUCGAGAUAAUUACGUGCAGUUACUUGGAAAAAUAACCAGGCACUACUUGAAAACGGAUUAUACCGGUAAACAACUAUAUUACCUUGAAGCACUUGCCGAUCAAAACAUGCGGAUGUAUCUCUUACCUGAAGCAACUGUGAACCUGCAAAAAAUUGUGAAAAUUCUUGAUGAAAAUAACAAUUUAAUAAGCCAAUUUGGAUAUAUCCAUCUCAGCGAUAUAUAUCGCCGCCUGGGUGUCUGCUUUACUAUGAGAACAAAACUUAUGGAAGGAGAGUAUUACUUGUUUAAAUCUUUGGAGACCCUUGGUGAAAGAUGGCCGAAGUUUAAACUUGAGUUCAAGUACAAGUUUUGGAAAAACAAGUUCAGCCAAUACCGACAUCGACGAUGGGGAUUUUCAAAAAGAAUUUUAAAAUCCAACAGGUACGAGCAUAACUGUCGUGUUGUUGAAAUUAUGGCACAGCUAUCGAAUAUUUAUUUCUACACUGGAAAAGGACAAAACUUUGUGUAUGCUUGUCUUUUAGGAUUAAAUGCUUGUGAAAGAAUAGGUGAUUUCGGACAAAAUUAUACACUUUUCUUAGCGAGAAAUGCUCUACUUUGUUGGCUGCAGGAUGACAAAGAAAACAGUGUUUUUUAUAUUGCUAAAGCCUUGCAUCGAAUGAAUAACGAUAAAACUGAUACUGAUACUUUAAGGAUUUGUUCGUUGCUGUGCUUUGCUGCAGGGAAAUUUUCAAACGCAAGAGAUUUGUUAUACCAAGCAAUUGAAGGAACUGUGACUUUGGGUGUUGUUACAGAUUGCCAAUCAUUUUAUAGAUCCGUAGGUUUAGUGGUGACGAUGCGUAUUUUUGAGGGGACCUUUGAUCGAUCGGCAACUGAUAUGGCACUCUUAAAACAAAUGGCUGAUACUGCUCAUAGUAAUGGUGAUUAUGAGGCUGAAAUAUGGCUUGGGGUGUACAACAUAGGUAAUGCAAUUAUUGUCGACCGUAUGAGUGAGUGCGCACCGUACGUUUUUCUUUUGGAAGCUCAUGAAAAAGAUGCAGCCGUCUACAAUUUAAUUGCUAUUCAUGGAACACUAUCCUGUUAUUACGCACGAAAUCAUAACUAUGAUCUCGCUAGACGACAUAUACAAAAGCUGAUUAACAUAUUGCCUUCCCUAACUAUAACACCAAAUAUUUUCCCUGUUUAUGGUUUAAUUUUUGUUACAAUGGGAUUAUAUUGUAUGGUUGAAGACGGACAGUUUGAUCUUAUCUCGACCGGUGAUUCUAAAAAUUAUGAAAAAUUUGUAUUUGGUUUAUCAAGGAUAAAUCAUGCUUUUCAGCAAGUAAAAUUCUGGGAGUUCACCCAGCCGUGUCUAUAUUUAGCUCGUGCCCUACCCUAUUUUACAACGCGUCGAACUGUAGAAGGUUAUAUGGUAAUAUAUAUCCUAAUGCACAUAGUUUCAGACUAUACCAUACUUACAUAA